AUGCAGAGAGAUUUGUUUGGUCGAUUGUUGGGUCUAUCUCUUGAGCAGAAAAUUAAUAUUGAAAAAGUUCUCACUUACCCGCUGACACCUGUACCUUUAUCAUUAUGCUACAUUAACGGGAAUAUUUGUAAAACAGAUAAAUCAAUCCUCAUGAAAUGUCUUGAACAGAAAAUCCAAAGUGAAAAACCAGACCGAGUGGACGUUGUGAUUAUUGAUGGAUUCUUUCUGAUGCACCUAAUGAAGGAAUUGCCUCUGUCAUUUGGAAAUAUUGGUAAAAAAAAUUUACAAUCGCUUGUCAAGUAUAACGCAGAAACAAUUGCUAUUGUUUUCGAUCGCUACUUCAAACCAUCGAUUAAAGACUACGAACACCAUUUGCGAGAACAAACUAAUUUACGUGCCUUCAAAAUUACUGGACCCGAACAAGUCCGACCAUCGGAUUUUUCAAAAGAAUUGAAGAACAAAAACUUCAAAGAAGCUUUGGUGAGUUUUUUAAUAAAGUUUUGGUCCAGUGAUGAGGCAACACCCAUUAUUGGUUCAAAAACUGUAUAUCUUAAUUACGACAUGUGCUAUAAAUAUAAAGUAAACAAUGGCAAAGUUACUCGAUCGAUUUCGGAAGUUUUCACAUGCGACAAGCAUGAAGAAGCGGACACAAAAAUUGUCUAUCAUGCGUGUAAGGUCGAUGCAGCCAGUAACAUUUUACUAAGAUGUUCCGAUACAGAUAUCCUUAUUAUUAUGCUCGGAAAUAUGGAACAUCUUGAAGCAUCAGUGAAAGUCUGGAUGGAGGUUGGUGUAGGCAAUGCGCAACGGUACGUCGAUGUUACAAAAAUUUACAAAUCUCUGGGAAAUACUCUCUGCAGUGCACUGCCAGGUUUUCACGCCUUAACUGGAUGCGAUUUUAACCCAGCGUUUUUCAGAAAAGGCAAAAAACGACCAUUAUCAAUAUUAAAAGGGUCUGAAAUGUACCAAAAAUCAUUCAUCGAUUUAGCUAAUCUGGCCCAGUGCGAAACUCAACAAGUAAUUCAAAAUUUAGAAGAAUUUAUUUGUCACCUUUACAGUAUAAAAAAAGCCAAAAAUGUCAACGAAGCAAGAUUCGCAGACUUUAGUACAGAGAAGUUCUUCAAGCCAAUCGUCAAAAGCUUUGACGGUUCUGCUGUACCACCUUGCCAAUCAGAAUUACACCAGCAGAUCUUACGGGCUUCAUACAUUUCAAACAUUUGGAGAAACGCUCAUUUUAAGUAUCCAACGAUUCUAUCGCCUGUUGAUAAUGGAUGGCAAGAGGUGGAUGGACAAUACGAGUUUAAAGGUGACCAGCUGCCUACUUUUGUCAACGAAGUUGUCAUUCAACCAGAAGAAGGUGAAGAUGAUAACAACUCUGAAUCUGACGUUUCUGAACUUGAAAAGAGCAUCGAUGAUAUUGAUGAUGGAUACGAUAAAGAUGACGCUGAUAACGAGUAUUGCGAAUAUAAUAAUAGUGAUGAUGAAGAAGACAUUGACGAAGAUGAAGAAGAAUUUAUUUGA